GGGAACUCCUGGUGCUGCGCGUUGACCGCUUCGAUGGUGAAGACAUUUUUGAAGUUGUACUCUGUCGUCUAUUUUGACUGAAUUUGGGGGCACAAGAAAUAAGACCAACGAUUUAUAACAGACGAGGAUUCGAUAUCGUGGUUGAAGGGGGUGUUGGCAGCGGUGGGAUGAAGGUGUUUCCUAGGAAACCCAGAGUGGGACUCUGAAGAACUUCAGGGUGUUGGAAUGAGAAAAGGAGCAACGCGAAAACGCGUCCAGCAAAAAAACCACUUUACGCGUCCCAGCCUGUCAAAAGGGAAGUGGAGGGGGCCUCCCAAUCCAUUAAACCCCUGGCCCAGGUACGUGCCGUUUAAAAUGUGGGGACACCCAGCUCCAGCCACAUCAGCGAGCCGCUCCCUUUUGAAAGUUGGACCCCACAAUUUCCAUUGUGUGGACAGCUUCACAUCAUCAGCCACAAGCAACAACAUCCACGACGACGAUACCACCGCCCCCGAACGAGAUACCCCUUUCCCACCACCCUCGCCCUACACCGCGAACCAUAAGAUACCCACUAAUACGCAGCCAAAAUGGCCCCAGGAAUGUCGCUGUACAGCGUCAACGCUAUCCUAAUCCUCUCCAGCGAAGACGGCUCCCGCAUCUUCUCCAAAUGGUACAGCCCUCCCCACCAAGCCGCCAACCAGCAGCCCUCCAGCACCGCCGCCCCCGCCUCCGCUCAGAACCCCUUCGCCGACAAGACGGCCCAAGUCCGCUUCGAGAAGGCCCUCCUCCAAAAGACGGCCAAGCAAACAGGAGACAUCCUUCUAUUCGACAACCGGAUCGUGCUUUAUAAGAUGGAGGCUGACGUGGCAAUCUACGUCGUUGGCGGUGUCGAAGAAAACGAAAUCCUCCUCUACAACGUUCUCCUCGCCCUCCGCGACGCCCUCCACCUCCUCUUCAAGCAGUCGGUCGACAAGCGCACCAUCAUCGAGAACUACGACCUCGUCUCCCUCGCCAUCGACGAGAUUGUUGAUGAUGGUGUGGUCUUGGAGACGGACCCGACUAUCAUCGUGCAGCGGUGCUCCAAGGCGCCAAAUCAAGACACCAACCUGGGGCGUAUCGACCCCUUCACCGAGCAGGGCAUGAACAACUUGGCGCAAAUAGGCAAGUCCAAGAUUUUGGAGUGGAUGCGGUAGAUUGGAGGCCAUUAUUAUGGUCCUGUAAUGUUGUUGGGUGGGGGAGAAUGAAUAAGGGAGGGUUAAGCAGGCGUCUCUGAUAUUUAGAAUUAUGAAUUCGGGGUCCUUUUUCAAAAAAUUACCGUAUGAAGUAGUGAGUAUAGUGUGGGCAGAAUUUUGAUGAGGUGUCUUCUCUUGGGAGACCGUGUCUAUUGAUGUCUGCUCGCCUUUUUGACUCUGAG